UCGUCCACACCCGCUCGGUCCGCCCAGGGCCACGGGAGAGGCACCGAGCACGGAGUGGCCAAGCCCGACGUGCGGUCCCGGUGAUUCCCCAAAGGGACCCUGUGAAAUGUCACCCGAGGUGCCUGGACCUCAGUCUCCUCCUCAGCAGUGAGGUUCUCUUGGAAAGAUUGUUGGUCCCCAGGCCUUUUUGUUGUUGUUGUUUUCGUCCUGCAUUGCUUGCCGAGAUGACCCAUAGCAGGGCAUGGCUGGGGACCCCGAAGCCGGAUUCCCUUCGGCAACUGGGGGCCGAGGGAGCGCUGAGACCUACAUCUCCCCGCCAUGCGGUGUUGCGGGCUGGGCGGUAGGCCAUGAGAACGCCAUUCUGUUUGGGCUCCGAGAGUGCCAUUCCUGGGACAGGUUAAAUGGAGAAGGACCGCACCGUCGUUGCUGUUCUACCGCAAGAACCCUGCAAGCAUUGGUGAUUCUGGAGAAACCCUGCCUCUGCUGGAGCCUGCACGAACGGGCAGCAGAACCGUGAGCUGGAGUGACGCAGAAGUCUAGGAAUAUGAGCUCCGUCACGCUGAGUGAACCGAGGCUGAAUUGGGAUGUCGCCUCAAAAAAUGGCCUUAAGACAUUUUUCUCUCGAGAAAAUUAUAAAGAUCAUUCCAUGGCUCCAAGUUUGAAAGAACUAUGUAAUUUAUCUAACAGACGUAUAGGAGAGAAUUUGAAUGCCUCAGCAAGUUCUGUAGAAAAUGAGCCGGCGGUUAGUUCAGCAACUCAAGCAAAGGAAAAUGUUAAAACCACAGUUGGAAUGGUUCUUCUUCCAAAACCAAGAGUUCCUUAUCCUCGUUUCUCUCGUUUCUCACAGAGAGAGCAGAGGAGUUACGUUGACUUGUUGGUUAAAUAUGCAAAAAUUUCUGCUAAUUCCAAAGCUGUUGGAAUAAAUAAAAAUGACUACUUGCAGUACUUGGAUAUGAAAAACCACGUAAAUGAAGAAGUUACUGAAUUCCUAAAGUUUUUACAGAAUUCUGCAAAGAAAUGUGCACAGGAUUAUAAUAUGCUUUCUGAUGAUGCACGUCUCUUCACAGAGCAAAUUUUAAAAGCUUGCAUCGACCAAGUGAAAAAGUAUCCAGAAUUCUAUACUCUCCAUGAAGUCACCAGUUUAAUGGGAUUCUUCCCAUUCAGAACAGAGAUGGGAUUAAAGUUAGAAAAAACUCUUCUUGCACUGGGUAGCGUGAAAUAUGUGAAAACAGUAUUUCCCUCAAUGCCUGCAAAAUUGCAGCUCUCAAAAGAUAACCUAUCUACCAAUGAAAUACCAGAACAAACAGCUGCAGCUAUGCAUUACGACAUUAGUAAAGAUCCAAAUGCAGAGAAGCUUGUUUCAAGAUAUCACCCUCAGAUAGUUCUAACUAGUCAAUCAUUAUUUGCCUUAUUAAAUAAUCAUGGGCCGGACUACAAGGAACAGUGGGAAAUUCCAGUGUGUAUUCAACUAAUACCUGUUGCAGGUUCAAAACCGGUUAAAGUAAUUUAUGUUAAUUCACCACUCCCCCAAAAGAAAAUGACAAUGAGAGAGAGAAAUCAAAUCUUCCAUGAAGUUCCAUUAAAAUUCAUGAUGUCCAAAAAUACAUCUUUUCCAGUCUCUGCAGUAUUUAUGGACAAACCAGAAGAUUGUGUGCCUGAAAUGGAUAUGUCUCAUGAAGUUAAUGACUGCCGAAAAAUUGAAACCCUUGAAAAUUUGGAUCUGGAUUUUGAUGAUGAUGUCACAGAACUUGAAACUUUUGGAGUAACCACCACCAAACCAUCAAAGUCCCCAAGUCCAGCAAGCACUUCCACAGUACCCAAAAUGCCAGUUGCUCCCAGAGCCCCCAGUGCAGCAUCCACACCUGUGGCACCAGCUGCACCAGUAGACAUUUCUGCUCAUGCUAGAAGUUUAUCUCAGAUUCUAAUGGAACAGUUGCAAAAGGAGAAACAGCUGGUGACUGGUAUGGACGGUGGCCCUGAAGAGUGUAAAAAUAAAGGUGAUCAGGGAGUUGUACCGUGUGCUGAGAAGGUAUCAGAUAAUUCUGACAAGCCUCUGGUGCAAGAUGGUGACUUGCAAACAUCUGAUGAGUUACAGUUAGGAAGUUCUGUGGAAAUGGAAACCUCUAAUAAAAAUGACAUGGCUACUGAUACAGUGUGUGCUGAUGAAAGACUAAAUAUUCCAGAGAGUACUGACAAUUCAAAGGAAGAGACUGUUACAUCAGAAGCAGAGAAAACUGAGGAUGUAAUGCUUUGUCAUAGUGAUACAGAUGAAGAAUGUUUAAUCAUUGAUACAGAGUGUCAAAAGAAUAGUACCGGAAAGACAGCUGAUGUGGGUUCUAACUUAAAUUCUAAACCAGUCAGCCCAAAUUCUUCCUCAGGACAGGCUUCUGUAGGAAACCAGACUAAUACUACUUGUAGUCCUGAAGAGUCCUGUGUUUUAAAAAAACCUAUCAAACGAGUAUAUAAAAAAUUUGACCCAGUUGGGGAAAUUUUAAAAAUGCAAGAUGAACUCUUAAAGCCAGUUUCCAGAAAAAUACCUGAGUUGCCUUUAAUGAAUACAGAAAAUUCUAAACAACCUCCUGUUUCCGAGCAACCCUCUGCUCCUUCAGAUGCCACUACUUGGCCAAAAACUGCAUGGACCUCUGCAUUUCAGAAGCCAAAAGGACGAUUGCCAUAUGAACUUCAGGACUAUGUUGAAGAUACAUCAGAAUAUGUAGUUCCUCAGGAAGGAAAUUUUGUUUACAAGUUAUUUAGCCUGCAAGACCUGCUGUUACUUGUACGAUGCAGUGUCCAAAGGAUAGAGACCAGACCACGUUAUAAAAAACGGAAGAAAAUCAGAAGACAAGUCCCAGUAUAUGUUCUUCCAAAAGUGGAGUAUCAAGCUUGUUACGGAGCUGAAGCUCUGACUGAAAGUGAACUGUGUCGCCUAUGGACUGAAAGUUUAUUGCAUUCCAACAGCUCCUUUUAUGUUGGUCAUAUUGAUGCUUUUACUUCAAAACUUUUCUUGCUAGAAGAAAUUACCUCAGAAGAAUUAAAAGAAAAAAUUUCAGCACUCAAGAUUUCAAGUUUAUUUAAUAUCCUCCAACACAUUCUAAAGAAAUUAAGUAGCUUGCAGGAGGGUUCCUACUUGUUGUCCCAUGCAGCAGAAGAUUCUUCUCUCCUGAUCUACAAGACCUCUGAUGGAAAAGUUACUAGGACAGCAUACAAUUUGCAUAAAACACAUUGCAGCCUUCCUGCUGUACCUUCCAGUCUCUCAGUUCCCUGGGUUCCAUUAGACCCCAAUCUGUUGUUACCAUAUCAUAUACAUCAUGGAAGAAUACCUUGUACUUUUCCACCUAAGUCACUGGGUCCCACAACACAACAAAAGAUUAGUGGAACAAGAAUGCCUACACACAGCCGCAGGAAUCCAGUUUCCACGGAAACCAAAAGCCUGCCUGCUCAGCAAGUUGAAAAUGAAGGAGUGGCUCCAAAUAAAAGAAAAAUAACAUAAGGACUCUACCGUGGAAAAUGAAGAAGAAACAGUUAUAGCAGUUCAAUUCAGAAAAGUUUGAGGGGACACAUGCCUAAAAGAUCAGUAGACAAGAUGAACAUUUUUUCUGUAGUGUCCUUGAGAGUUCUUAGAGUGCCUUGAAAAAAUGUGUUGGCUGUGUGGGAAUGUUUUAACUAAAAUGGAAUGCUAUACUCUUAACUCUUGAUGUUUGAGGAGAACCUAGAUAUGUUUUAACAUUAUCAUGGCAGAGAAAUAUAUAGCAAAGAAAUUAUUUUUGUAAUAAACCUUUUUCAAAAAUUAUAAAUAGGAAAAUAAUUUGCUUUUUUUUCAACAACAACACUUAUUGUGUGUUAUAUUAAUUGAGCUAUAUCACCAGCCUGCUGAGAGUGGCUCAAAUGGUUAAGUCUUGCCACUGUCAGAGAUAAUUUGGAGUAACAUGAAACCUUGUUUCUGACCAAUUGUGACAGUUUUUAUAUAUGAUUUUUAAAUGAUGAUUGUUGCAGGUUAAUAAAGUUAAUACCUUUAAAAGCUUAGCAAAAUUCCAGUGCAGAAGCCAAAUUUUAAAAUAAUAAGCUUCCUGCCUUUGAAAAGUUAACAAUUUUUGUUGGGCAACCAUCAGUUUGUUAAACAGCUUUUAUUGUGUUACAGGUUUGAUGACCAAUACCUCUAUCUCUUGGCACAAAUCCCAGCUGAGUGUUGAAAUACACUGAAAACAGAGAUGAGCAUGUUUUCCAGAAACAUCUCAUUAUUUCAACUGAUAAGGCUAAUGUGUGGUAAAACAUAAGCUAUUUUUCCCUUAUCUAUACUGAUUAAUUUAAAUUUUCUAUAACCAUAUCAGUGAAUUUGGGAAAGUACAUGAUCAGCUGAUAUUAAUGUAGCUAAUUUGGUCUUAAGAAGGGGUGGACUUAUUUAAUUUUUAUAUUCUUGUGCUUUAAUGUCCACUAAAGUUUUCAGAGAUACAUGCAACAUUUGUAAAGCAGGUUUUGUAAUCUACGGCAAUAUGAGCUUUGUUUUUGUAAUUUUUAUGUGUUUUAUUAUUAAUAUUAGAAAUUUACAAUAUAAGAAAUCUAGAAAUUUCUAGAUUCCUAGAAAUCUUCCCAACUGUGAUAAGAAUUCAGCAUUUUCAUCUUCGAUUACCAAGUUUUAUUUUGUUUAGACUUUUGGUCAGUUAUAAAGUAUUUUUAUUUAAUGAGUAAUUAUUAGUAAAAUUGUUUUAUGUAUUUUAACAUAUGAUUUCCUCAUCCUCCCACUUCCUUUUUAAAACAUUGAGCCUCUUUUUUAAUGGAUUUGGUUUUUUGUUUUGUUUUGUUUUUAGCUUUGUCACAGACUCCCAUGUCCCAGAAAUACUUUAGUUGUGAAUCAUUUGGCACUUAACCUAGGGAAAGUCAGGGAUUCCCUUGGAAUUUGCUCUUUUAAAAGAACCAGACGAUGAUUUCUUCAGACUUCUAAAUACCAGAAAGUCUUGGCUUUUCAUUUUCUUUUUUUAAUACUACUUUUUACUUAGAAAAUUAUUGAUCUUGCAAGUGAUUAUUUUGAAAUUAUCUUACCCAUACAUUUAAGUAACUGUGAUAAUGUAUGUAAAGCUAGUCUUAGUUUUCCACUUGUGCUUAAGUAAGCUUUUAUAAAACAUAUUUGAUCAUG